GAAGCGCGGGACUCCUCCUCCUCUCCGUCGUCGUCGGCCUCCUCCUGCUCCCCAUCGUAUUAACAUGCACCCAGGGGCGGGUGACCAGCCCAGCCUCCUCUCCGCGUCCCGGAGCUCAGCCUCCCUGGGCGAGCGAGCUAGUGAGAGAGCUUGCAAGCCAGCAAGCAAGCAAGCAAGCAAGCAAGCGUGCGCCGCGCUCCCUCCCGGGCGCCACAAUCCCAAGGACUCGGCCUCGCAGACACCCUCCAUCCAUUCAUCCAUCCGUCGGUCCAUCCAUCCAUCUAUCCAUCCACCUACCCAUCCGCCAGCCCGGGAGGGGGAGGGGGGCGAGUGGACCAAGCUGCGCGCGUGGACGCGGCUGUCACCAGCGCGUCUCCUCUCUCGGGUCCUUCCCGUCGUCACCUCUCUGAGAGCCGUCCCGGCUGAGGGGGGACACCCCCUCGCGUCCUCCUCCCAGCGAGCCUUCGUGGGACCCACGGACGGACGGACUCUACAAACGAGGCCGCCGAACUGCGGGCAGCAGCGGCAAGGUUACUUUGAAUGGUACUCUUGAGCCCUCUGAAUUGUCUACUAGCUAGACCUUUCCUGGAACACUCUCUUGAAAGAACCAGCAUAAAUCCCAUUGGCUCAAAUACAAUUCCAGAUUAAUGGAGUUCUUGCAAAGUAGACUACACCUUUCGCCAUAAUACUGAACAGUUGAUCAUCACAUGCCAAGAAUGACAUCAGAUUAAAAAAAAUAAUAACCCGCAGUUUGGAUCUCUUUCUGUGUGAAGCAAGAAAAGAAAAAUAAGAAUAUUGAUUAUCCAAGGAUACAUCGCCCCUCUGGGAGCCACUGCAUGUCACCAGAAGGUCUGCGUGUCUGCUCCAGAGGAUUCCUGUUGAAUGACAAGGACACUGAACACAGUCUCCAGGCCCAAGGGACGGGUCUGCAGCUUAAGCCGGUGCCCAUGACCCCGGCGGCGAUCGCUUCUUCGGGCCAGCCAUGAAAGGCUUCUCGGGCAGCCGCGGCAGCCAUCACCACGGGCUGGCGUGUGAGUCCGCGGUGGCGUGUGACUCGCUGUCGCCGCACGCGGACCACCACGGGCCGUUCCUGCUGAGCCCGCUGGAGCGCCACGCGGCCGAGCAGCACCCUUACCACACGCAGCGCAAGUCCUUCCAGGCCGAGUGCUCGGGGCCGUUCGGCGGCGGCGGCGGCGACCCGCUGGCCGCCAGCAGCACCUUCCCGCGCCGGCACUACGCCUCCCAGCAGGAGCUGAAGGACGAGUGCGCCCUGGGGCCGCCCCGCACGACGACGACGACGACUACGGCGGCCGCCAAGGCCAACCGCCUGCCUGCCAACCUGCUGGACCAGUUUGAGCGGCAGCUGCCCCUCAGCCGCGACGGCUACCACACGCUGCAGUACAAGCGCACGGCGGCGGCGGCGGCCGCGGUGGAGCAGCAGCGCAGCGACAGCCCCGGCCGCAUCCGGCACCUGGUGCACUCGGUGCAGAAGCUCUUCACCAAGUCACACUCGCUGGAGGGGCCGUCCAAGGGCGGCGCGAACGGGGCCAAAGCCAGCCCCGACGACGCGCACUCCGUCCGGUAUGGCGGCGGCGGCGGCGGCAAACGCGGCAAGAGCAAGGAGCGCCGCUCCGCCGCCAGAGCCCGCUGCUCGGGCGCCUCGUCGCAGGCCUCGCCCACCUCGCCCGGCUGGUGGAGCUCCGACGACCACCUGGACGGCGGUGGCGGCGACGUGUGCAUCUACCACGCGCCCUCCGGGGUGAUGACCGUGGGCCGCUGCCCCGACCGCUCGGCCUCGCAGUACUUCGCCGAGGCCUACAACGCCGUCAGCGAGCAGCAGGCCGCCGUGAAGGCGUCGCGCAGCAACAACGACAUCAAGUGCGCCACGUGCGCCCACCUGCCCGUCGGCCUGGACGCGCCGCUGCUCAAGAAGAGCGCCUGGUCGUCGUCCACCCUGACGGUCAGCAGGGCCCGGGAGGUGUACCAGAAGUCCUCGGUGAACGUGGACCACCAGGCCCUGGUCAAGGCCGAGGCCUGCCAGCAAGAACGCUCCUGCCAGUACCUACAGGUUCCUCAAGAUGAAUGGACAGGGUACACACCUCGAGGUAAAGAUGACGAGAUUCCAUGCCGAAGGAUGCGAAGUGGCAGCUAUAUCAAGGCCAUGGGGGAUGAAGAUAGUGGGGACUCAGACACAAGUCCCAAGGCUACUCCCAAAGUUGCUGCACGAAGAGAAAGCUAUCUCAAGGCUACCCAGCCAUCACUCACAGAACUCACCACGCUCAAGAUCUCCAAUGAACACUCACCCAAACUCCAGAUCCGGAGUCAUAGUUACCUGAGGGCAGUAAGUGAAGUCUCCAUCAACCGAAGCCUGGACAGUCUUGACCCUGCAAGCUUGCUCACGUCACCAAAGUUCCGGUCAAGGAAUGAGAGCUACAUGCGAGCCAUGAGUACCAUAAGCCAGGUGAGCGAGAUGGAGGUGAACGGGCAGUUCGAGUCCGUGUGUGAGUCGGUGUUCAGCGAGCUGGAGUCUCAGGCCGUGGAAGCGCUGGACCUGCCCAUGCCCGGCUGCUUCCGCAUGCGGAGCCACAGCUAUGUGCGGGCCAUCGAGAAGGGCUGCUCCCAGGACGACGAGUGCGUGUCCCUGAGGUCGUCCUCCCCUCCACGCACCACCACCACCGUGAGGACCAUCCAGAGCAGCACGGGUGUCAUAAAACUGAGUUCUGCCGUUGAAGUGUCAUCUUGCAUUACAACAUAUAAGAAGACACCACCUCCAGUCCCACCCAGAACUACCACGAAACCUUUCAUUUCUAUCACAGCCCAGAGCAGCACAGAGUCUGCGCAGGAUGCCUACAUGGACGGACAGGGCCAGCGGGGAGACAUUAUCAGCCAGUCUGGCCUCAGCAACUCCACGGAAAGUCUGGACAGUAUGAAAGCUCUCACGGCUGCCAUCGAGGCCGCAAAUGCCCAGAUCCACGGCCCCGCAAGUCAACACAUGGCCAAUAAUACUGCCGCUGUCACCACCACCACCACCAUAGCCACUGUCACCACUGAAGACAGGAAGAAGGACUUCAAGAAAAACCGAUGCCUGUCUAUUGGGAUACAGGUCGAUGAUGCUGAGGAACCUGAGAAAGCAGGGGAGAGCAGAGCACCCAGUAAGUUCCAGUCUGUGGGAGUGCAAGUAGAAGAGGAGAAGUGCUUCCGCAGGUUCACUCGGUCCAAUAGCGUGACCACUGCAGUACAGGCUGAUCUGGACUUCCAUGAUAACCUGGAAAAUUCUCUGGAAUCUAUAGAGGACAAUUCCUGUCCUGGCCCAGUGGCCAGACAGUUUUCCCGGGACGCCAGCACCUCCACCGUCAGCAUUCAGGGUUCGGGAAACCAUUACCAUGCCUGUGCCGCGGACGAUGACUUUGACACAGAUUUUGACCCUUCGAUCCUGCCUCCUCCGGACCCCUGGAUUGACUCUAUCACGGAAGACCCUCUGGAGGCCGUUCAGAGGUCUGUGUGCCACCGGGAUGGUCACUGGUUCCUGAAGCUUCUCCAGGCAGAGCGAGACCGCAUGGAAGGAUGGUGCCAACAGAUGGAGCGAGAAGAGCGGGAAAACAACCUCCCGGAAGACAUUCUAGGGAAAAUCCGAACUGCAGUGGGCAGUGCCCAGCUUCUCAUGGCCCAGAAAUUCUACCAGUUCAGAGAACUGUGUGAAGAAAACCUGAAUCCUAAUGCUCAUCCAAGACCCACCUCCCAGGACCUGGCGGGGUUUUGGGACAUGCUGCAGUUGUCCAUAGAAAACAUUAGUAUGAAAUUUGAUGAACUUCAUCAGUUAAAGGCCAAUAAUUGGAAACAGAUGGAUCCUCUUGACAAGAAGGAGCGAAGGGCCCCUCCUCCAGUGCCAAAGAAGCCGGCCAAGGGCCCCGCGCCGCUGAUCCGGGAGCGCUCGCUGGAGAGCUCGCAGCGCCAGGAGGCCCGCAAGCGCCUGAUGGCCGCCAAGCGCGCCGCGUCCGUCCGCCAGAACUCGGCCACCGAGAGCGCCGAGAGCAUCGAGAUCUACAUCCCCGAAGCGCAGACCCGGCUCUGAGCCCCAGGACCACGACCCGUCCCGACAGACCCGUCCGGGUGCCCUGACCCCCUCCCAGCCCGUCCGUCCAUCCCAUCCUAGCCGGCCAGCCGCUGCCCCUUGCUUCUUCUUCGGGCCACUCUCUUCUUACCCAUCUUCCUUCUUCACCGAGCUUUGCCCCCCGCCCCGCCCCACCGCCACCGCCACCCUCUCUUUGGUCCUGAUGGUCAUCAGCUUGCCUCAUGCACAACAUCCAACCCAACCAGACCCCUUCUUUUCUGGGUCAACAUCCACCCGACCACCUUGUGUAGAAAUGACACCUAUAGGUCACCCCACCCUCUUCAGUUCUCUCCAGCUAGUGUGUCCCUAGAGUUGAGCAAUAUUUAAAAAAACAAAAACAAACAAACAAAAACACAACAUAGGGUAUUUUCAGAAAUCUAGUUAUCACAAGGUGAUCCCUUGGGACUUAACUGUCUUCCACAUUGAAAGAAAGGAGGGAUCCUAUUCCUUUUAUUUUUUCCCCCCUAAAUGGUUGCUCUUUUGAAUAGAUUCGUAACAUAUAUAUAGCAGAAGGAACAGUUUAUUUCCAACCUCAGAAAUCACACUAUCUCACCGGAAUCAAUAAGUGAUCAAGGGAGAGGGGGGACCAAGCUGACCCUAGGCGCUGGGGGACCUGGGUGUGCAGGAGAGAGGAGUGUGCAGAGACCCCCCCUCCGCCCCCCGCACCUGCGCCUUCCACAGCUAUAGACUGCCUCGCUGUCACUUCAUCAGUCAUCGCUUCAAAUGUUUCCAUCAGCAGAAGAUUGUAAAUUCGAUCUUUCAGGGAAAUUAAUCUAUUCUGAAAGGCAAUAAAAACGAAGAGAGGGAAAGCCAAGGAAACUAUGCUGGAUUAAGAUCCUAUGUAAGGGGUUUACUUACUUUUUUUUUUUUUUUUUUUGUCUUAUUAGACCUGAAACGUUCUAUCGACCUUUAUUGUCCUCUGUAUUAUACCGCUGCGGUGGUGGUUUGGGAUGGGGAAAACGGGGUUCUAGGACACGUAAGAACAUGUUUGCUUUAAGGAACUGGAAAUGACAGCCAAGCUGUUUCCAAGGGGGAGAGUUUGGGCUUUCCUAUCGCCCCUUUGAAAGGUACUCAUCUGUCUAGUUUAGCCCAGUAGUUCAUGUUGCAGGGACUUUUUUUUUUUUUUCUCCUUCAGUCUCUUUCUCACUACUAUACAGAGUUCACUUGUUCCCCGGCACGGGAUUUUUGUCCUAUGUCAAAUGGAUAAAGUAAAAAGUUUUCUACCCCAGUAGACAUGCUGCCUCAUUCCAAAGUGCUGCAACUGUCAUCUCUGAGGUUCCAAGUAAGAGGAACAAUUUGACCUGCAGGGGUCAGGAGCCUGGAGAAGGGAAGAAAUGGCAGGAUUCCCCCAAAAUCCAAGCUUCGGGUUAGGUUUGCUGUUUAAUUAUGGUUACUAGGCAGGAUGCACGGGGUCUAACUGAAGUUUUCAAAUGCCCUUACUUGUAGCAGUUUAAACAUUUAGAGAGUGGCAGCCGGAAAGUACCACUGGCAUUUUAUGUCAAGCUCACACCCUAAAGCAUUACAAAUUUACCAUUAAAAAAAAAAAAAAGGAAGACUUAAGAAAAACACAACAUCAAAUACACUUGCACCAGAGACCUUUUUCUUUUUCUUCAAAAAAUACACUCUUCAUAGCCAGGUGCUAAUUUAAUUUUCUUUAUGAGAUUUGGAGAGGUGAUGGCUUCUUGAUAACAGAUAUUGUUCACAGACAUAUUCUAAAACCACUAGAGAAUCUGCUACCUCUCAGAGCCAUUGAUGCUUUGAGCUACCUUUAUCAACAGGGCACAAAUGUUUACUGCUGUGGUUUACAAGAAAAGGGCUACUAACUUACUUUAAAACCAACUUUUACCUAGGGUGAACAAAGCUCUUGCUUUGCCAAAUUAGAGCAAAUAGUUAUUGUGAGCAUUUGCUAGUUUCAAAAAGGAUACACCUUUUCUUUAUGGUACCAGCAAUGAAAGACGACAUAAGGGUUUCAGGAAUAAUGACAACUGUCACUUUGGGUAGCCUAUAGCCACAUUCAUUGUGCGAAUGACUUGGGACUCACCGGAAAUAGCGGAAAUAGCGUAGCAUCCAUCCUUGACCCAUGUUCACAGCAACAGCUCCGUGCCCUGAGGCAGAGUUAAGAUUUGGACCAUGAAAUCAAUCUCUAAUCAUUCAAGAUCAUCUUACAAUAUUUUCUUUGGAAACUGAUUUAGCCCAGGAUAUUUUAAAGAGAGACAAGAAAAGGUCUAUUUAUCUUGUCUAAGCGAAAGGCAUUUGUAUAUUCAUAAGCUAUUUUUGGUAAGAAUUUUAAAUCUUUUAGCUGAACACCUAGAGGCAUCAUGACCUUUGCCUUCCUGAAGAAAAAAAAACAAAAACACAGUUUAAACUACAUGAACACUUUAUAAAAAGCUAAUUAUUGAUGUUAGGACAUGCCCCCCACAUAAUGCUGCUUGUUACCCACUUGAACCCUGAAACUGACAUGUGUGAGCAUAACCUUUGUUACAUUAUUCUUUUUGAUGUAAUUUGUAGAAAUGUUUCUUAGUUCAUAAUGGAAAAAUGUAUGUACCCUGAAAAACUACUUAUUUUGUUUAACUUUGGUAUAAAGGUGUUGGGCAUUUUCUUGGGGCGGGGUGGGGGGAAUUACAAAAGCAGUUUGUCUCCCACAUUAAAAAAAAAGUUCAAAGAAAUUAAGUAUUUAUUAUAUUUUUUGCAGAUGUUUCCAUACAAUUCACAUAACCUUUUUGUAAAGAGAGAUGAAGAAAUGGAUUAAAAGAUUUUUAAUAUUUGAAAUGGUAAAUAGAACUAAUUUAUUUGUAAUAUAUUUCUGUUAUUUAUAGAUGUCUCCUUAAUGUUUUACUGUGCAUUACCACUUUCAUUUAAGCCUUACCCUUGUGAAUUUACCAUUUCUUUUUUAAAACAUGUCUAGAUGCAUAUUUUAAAUAACUGGAAUGUAAAUCACUAGCAUAUCUGAAUUCCCUAAUGUAAUUUUUAAAAAUUAUUUUGGUUUGGGGAAAAAAAGAUUUAUUUGAAAGCCUUCAGAUGGAGGGGUGGGGAACAUUUUUAUGGCAUUCUGACUUGGAAAUUCAUAGGCUUAUUUACUUAGAUUGUGUGUGGACAAAAAAAUUGUAAAUAGAUGAAUGUUUCCCAUAAUGUAAAAAGAAGAAAUUAAUAAAAUAAUUAAUGCACUGCU